CGUCGCGUCGCGGCGGAGCCGAAACACCGUCUGUUUAAAGCGCGUUUUGACCGAGUUUCGGGCGCGAUAUUCCCGCAGAAAUCGUAAUUUUUCAGUGAAAUGUGACCCGUUUCGGCGGCUCUUCGGGAUAUCCACUCUCGAUUAAAUAUGGUGGAGACCGAAUUCACGGAGGACACCUGGGAGGAUUUUUUCGGGAUUGAAAGGGUUUUUGAGAAGAGAGCAGAACAGAGCAAAACAGAUCAAAACAGAGCAGAAGAGAGCAGAAGAGCGCAGAAGAGAUCAGAAGAGAGCAGAACAGAGCAGAACAGAGCAGAAAAGAUCAGAAAACGGCAGAAGGAAGCAGGAAAGAGUAGAAACACUUACUUGUAG